AUGAUCUGCGUAUGGCAUGUCUUGCUUGUUCAAUACAGUAGUACCCUACUUGUUCCCCGUUCGUUUCUUUUCUCCUGUUUCUGUGCUGAUGAUGUGUUUGCACUGGACGUCUCGCAGGUAUUGAGAUCGUCUCGUUAAAUUGUGCAAGGGCCGAGGCGCUGCUUGAGCGCAGGUAGCGUGUGAAUGAAGUGUGGCGAUUCACAUGCAUAAUCACAUUCGCAAUGCUUCUAUCGCUUGCCCUCCUGUUGCUGUGCCAAGGAACCGGCCACCUCUACGGCCACGGCCACAGCAGCCGUGACAUGCUCGCGCUACUCGAUUUCAAGAAGGCCAUCUCCGGCAAUAAGCCGAACAGAGCCUUGAGCUCCUGGAACACGAGCACCCCUUUCUUCCAGUGGAAGGGAGUCCUAUGCUCGACGGAGCACCCAGGGCGUGUCGUCAAGCUACACCUUCACCACCAAGGCCUGUCGGGGCCUAUUUCCCCGUACCUCGGAAACCUGACGCUGCUCAGGGAACUGAACCUCUCCCGCAACAACUUGUCUGGCCGGUUGCCUCCUCUCAACCGUCUUCACGCCUUGGAGGUCAUUGAUCUGGCAGAAAACUCGCUGCGUGGCACAAUCCCGGGUUGAGUCCCUUUGGGAUGUUACUCUGCCGGGACCUCCGAUCCAUUGCCCAUCGAUGAAGGUCAAGUCGACAGUUCUUACUGCCCUUCUUUGGAACUUGUGGAAAUGUCGCAAUGCUCUGGUCAUCAUCUAAACAAAUGUCGCAAUGCUCUGGUAUUCUCUCAUAUUCAAGAAUCCAAUGAGGAGGUUUUCCGCCGUUGCGCGUCUGAUUUGCGCUGUUGGGAAGGCAAACUUCGUUCUCCUGAUGAUAAAGUUUGUUUAGAGGACUGGAGUGUUUUUCUUCCUUUUAAUCCCAUGUAUGUAAUUUGUUUUUUUUUUUGCUCUUCCCGUCCCUUGGGCGGCCAGAACUCUCUUGUACCUCUGCUUGGUUAAUAUAUGGUUCGGGCUGGUCCAAUGGGCCCGCCGUAGUUCGCCUAAAAAAAAUCAUACUGUAAGUCCAAACCUACAAUUUUUACACAUGGAAUAAAGUUUCUGCCAACCUUUUCCUGAUGGGACGUUAAUACAUUA